UCAGAUAUAUAAAAUAAGACAUCCUGUAGGUCAAGGUUAGGUAUCCCCGUCUGUUUCCUUGUGAAUCUCAUAAUAAUUCAUCCAAUCUUGCAACAUGGCCACUCCGCCCAACUUCUUUGUCGAGCCCCCAUACAUCCUCUCUAUACCAACUCUAGUCGACGUCGAGCAUUGUAUCGUCGGAUUAGCUCUUCGCUUUGUAUUGCUCGGUCGAAUCAAUGCCGCUCGCGACUUCCUCGACCUUUACUACUCUCGCCCGGUACUCCAGAAUCUCGAAGCUACAGGCCCUCGCGCCUUGACUCCUUACUGGCAUGCAACAGAAUACCCAACCAAUUUACCUGCUUUCAUGAAGACAGAUGACUACUUCGAAGACUACAUGGACUCAAAAACGCAGGAAGGUAUACAGUGGCCAGUCUACGUGCCACAAGAGAAGCGUACUGAAGAUGAAGCCGGCAUCGAUGCAAUCCUAUCACCCGAGCACAGUCGUCCAGGUUACUACACGACACUAGCUCCCAGAUCGGCUUUGGAGAUUGCCAUAGACUUGGCUGAAAAGCGUGGCAAUGAUCCUAUCAACGAUGAAAAGGUGCAAGAAAUUUUGGGUGUCAUUGUCAAGCGCUUCUCUCCUCAUUACACUUGGCGAGACCUCAACUUGAUCGACUCUCCGCGUUGCGCCCCGUUGUUCAUGUCUGGAGCUUUGGCAAGAGCGUUCAAUGCGACCGAUCAACAGCUUGACUCUCAUGCGAAAAAACUACGGGAAGCAUCUCAGCAGCGCUACUGGCAGGGCUUCUCUCCAAGCCUUCCAGAUACCAUACCUGAGCUUCUUCAAGAAUGUAGUAUUGCUUCGGUAGACAAAUCUGACGAUCAUUGGGUCGAGAUGGAUGAAGAGAAACCCAUGUCACUCUACAAGCCACCAGCCAACGAAGAAGACAUCUCAAAUUUGGAGAAAAGACUCGACACGAUCCUCCCUGAAGACUUUAAGGCCUUCUUGCGGGUCAGUAAUGGCUUUGGAGGUAUCUGGAAUGGCUACUUCCCUGGCCCCCCUCUUCAUUCCACAGAAAAGAUUGACUGGAUCAACCCUGGCGAGUAUGAGCUCACGUUCGAUCAGUUGACUCUGCCUUACGAGGUCAUGACCCACAAGAAUAUCGAAACUGGCAAAGAAGACUUUAUUGGAUCUCCUGUCUUCGAGGGAGUGAUUGAGAUCGCAAGCUACGACAUUGACAGUGUGUGGCUCAUCCCUCCUCCAUUGAUGCAAAAGAUGCGCGACCAUUACAAAAAGCUAUAUGAUAUGGCUGAUGAUCACGGGAAACGAACCAUCGAGCGCUCAGUCGACGACUUUGCUGGUAGCUGGGAGCAGUGGGAAAAGCUGGAGUGGGGAUGCGUAUAUUGGGCGGCUGGUGGGAGUGCGCAGCUGGAUAGCUUCAAGAGUUUCAAAGCUUGGUUGGCAGAUUCGGCUUAUUGUGCAAAGACUCGUGGAGGAGAUAUCUAAGGAAGGAGCCUGACGGGUGGUGGAGCGUGCUUCUUUUCCCAGCUGGCGUGAUUGUUUGGCGGUACUGUUUCGAAGUCGAACGGAAAUCUAAUGCGCACAUUGGACUCCCCAGACACAAGCUCUGUGUUGGUAAUGUAUUCACUAUACCCGAGCAUCUGGUUUCUUCUGGCAGUGUAACUAUUCAGGCAAAACACACCAUUGUGGUCAAUUGUAGGUCGAUACAGUGAAGACUUCGCGCAAGUCGUGGGCAAAGUUCAACAAGACUACAUAUUAACAAG